AUGGAUAGUGUCUUUUACCAACGUUUUUCCCGUAUCAAAAUCCGCGAAGUCAAAACUGACUUCAUGAAAUUCGAGCUCCGAGACACAGAUUCCAGCAUAGCUAACGCACUUCAUCGUAAAAUGAUAGUCGAAGUCCCGACCAUAGCAAUUGACCUCGUAGAAAUCGAAGUGAAUUCUUUUGUCUUAAAUGACGAGUUUAUUUCACAUCGUUUAGGUUUAAUACCAUUAACGAGUGAAGGCGCUAUGAGUAUGAGGUUUUCGCGUGAUUGUGAUGCUUGUGAUGGUGAUGGACAAUGUGAGUAUUGUUCAAUUGAGUUUUAUUUGAGGGUUAAGUGUUUGAGUGGCCAGCCACUUAGAUUUGAGGUCGAUAAUUAG